UUCUCCCUUCUCUGUGUUUUCCAUUUUCCGUUCGCUCACCAUGACGCUAAUUGGUCUCCAUACGAUGACAAUGGAGGAUCAUGUGUUGCCAUUGCUGGAGCCGAUUACUGUGUUAUCGCCGCAGACACCAGAAUGUCAACCGGUCUCACCAUCCUCACUAAGCGUUACUUCAAAACCUACACGUUAGCGGAGAACUGUCUAAUGGCUUCUACCGGUUUCCAAGCUGAUGUGCAAGCCUUGCAGAAGGUUUUGGAAAGUAGGCAUUUGAUUUAUCAGCAUCAACAUAACAAGCAAAUGAGCUGCCCUGCAAUGGCUCAGCUUCUUUCAAACACACUUUAUUACAAACGCUUCUUUCCCUAUUAUGCAUUCAAUAUUUUGGGUGGCCUGGACAAUGAAGGAAAGGGAUGUGUUUUCACAUAUGAUGCUGUUGGCUCCUAUGAGAGGGUUGGAUAUAGUUCUCAGGGUUCUGGAUCCAAACUUAUCAUACCAUUUCUGGAUAACCAGCUGAAGUCUCCUAGCCCACUAUUGUUACCUGUCAAGGAUGCCGUUACUCCACUGUCUGAAAAAGAAGCAAUUAAUCUGGUUAAAAUCGCUUUUAAAUCUGCUGCUGAGAGAGAUAUAUACACAGGGGACCUUCUUGAUAUCUUCAUCCUAAAUGCUCGCGGUGUAAUACAUGAGGUUUCAGAUUUAAAGGGAUGUGAGCACGUUUGAAAUGCUUCUGAAUAGCAUUUCCUCUGAAGUUGUUUUGAGCAAGAGCUACUUAAACGAUCACUGCGUCAAGGGCUACGCAUCUGAUUGAUCAAUUAAGCGAAUCGAGCAGGUAAGUGGUUAACCUUUUUCUCUAGCGUCUAGGGUUCUUUAUUUUUCAAAAUGUUUCUGUUUGCAUGGAUCAAGAGUUCCUUUCCUUCAAUUUCUAGCUCAAUAUAAGUUUUAAGGUUGGUUUUCUAUCAUCAAUCGGUGAUUUGUAGGGUUUUCUAAAGUUGCCUUGCAGUGCAAGCAAACGGUAGGGGUUUCUUUGAGUUGUGCUAUUGAUUUGAGGUACAAGAAGUUAGAUUAUUGCUUUAAUUAGUUGUUUGGCAUGUGAAUGUGAUGAAUUUUGUGUUUCUUGAAAUGUUUGGACUAAAUUUAGGUUUGUGAGUGAAUUGUAUUAUGUUCAAUGUGACUGUAUGAUUUUAAAAUGAUGAACUGUGAAGAUGGAUUGGUUUUGGAUGAUAAUUAACAUGGUAUGAGAUGUAUGAAAAGUUAGAAAUAGAUUAUAAGGUUGAUAGAUUGUGAAGAAAGUCUAAAAUGUCAAGUUUUAAGGUAAUUUAAGGAAGUGGGGGUGGUGAAAAUGAGAAUUAAAGGUUAGAUGCUCAAUUGGUCUAUUGGAGCAGCUUUGGUAAGUCAAAUGUGACUUGCUUGAGCCCUUAAAGUGGUAAAAAAUGUGUGAAAAGUGGUAGAUUGGAUUUUGGGUCUAUAAGUUGUGAUUUUAGAGGUUUUGAAGUAGGAAUUGGUCCAUAAACACUUUAGAAUGUUUAAUAAUUUUCUCAAUAAAAAUAAUUUCCUUAAAACAAUUUAAACAAAUUAAAAGAGUAAGGAAGAGAGAAAAUUGCACAUGUAACUUUUAUACUGGUUCGGAUCACAAAGAUCCUACAUUCGGUUGUUAAUCUCAAUCGAAAAUUAACGCUUCACUAACACAAACCAACAAACUGUUAUAAUCACAAUGAAAAUAAAACAAUUUAAGGUUAGAACACCUUUUUUGUUAUCCCAAGAGAUGAAACUCACUGUCCCUGUGACCCACAAGGGAUGAACAUCUCCUCUGAAUCUUCACAAAGGAUGAACAUCUCCCCCGAAUGCUUCAGGAAGGAUGAUAGGCUUUCAAUUUUGCAAUAGCAACAACACUCAAUCACACUCCCUUUGAAAGUUCUCGCUCUCUUCCAACAACAACACCACUCAAGCACACUACCUAUGAAAGUUCUCGUUCUAUGCCAACACGCCAAGUUCUCAAAAGUAAAUCUACUAUAAAACUUUAUCAUUAAUAAAAAUCCUAAUGACUAUCACAUUAUUUCUUAUUCCACAUUUACUUUUCUUCUUCAAACUCAAAAGAAAACAAGUCCAGAUUCACUAAUAUUGCAAAUGAAAUAUAAGAAAAAGCAUUGUGAAUAAACUACUUCCAGAUAGAUGAAUUCAAAAUUUGGUUUAUUCCACCAAAAAUUGGAGAUUGAUUUUUUUUGUCACUUAUUUUAAUUAAUAUAUAUAUUAAAAUGUAUAAUUUUAUUAAAGUCUUAAAUUAAAUAGAAUCUCUUCAACAAAGUUAAUCAUUUAAUCGUUUUCAAUGGAAACAUGUCUAGAAAUUCAAAAAUAUGUUUCAGAAUAUUUCUUCAAUAACAAUAUCGUAAAUAUUUUUAUGAAUAUAUUUAGUUUUUAAUUAUUAAUAAUUGAAAAUAAUGUACACAAUAAUUUAAAUUACUAUGAUGAUAAAAAGCAACAAAAAUAUACAAAAUAAAUAUUUACACUGUGAAAUGCGAAAAUCAAAAUAAUAGUUAAAAGCAUUUCGUGUUGGCAAAGACACAGAUCUGGAGUGAAUAGAGUUAAAAAGACUAGAGAGAAGAAGGCAAGGGAAACAAAAAAACCUUUCUUUUUCCUGUCGACGCCCUAAUUCAUUCUCCUCUCCGUUCUCUGUGUUUUCCAUUCUCCGUUCGCUCACCAUGACGAAGCAACACGCUAAUUGGUCUCCAUACGAUAACAAUGGAGGGUCAUGUGUUGCGAUUGCUGGAGCCGAUUACUGUGUUAUCGCGGCAGACACCAGAAUGUCCACCGGUUACAACAUCCUCACCCGGGAUUACUCCAAAAUCUCCCAAUUAGCGGAGAAAUGUGUCAUGGCUUCUUCUGGUUUUCAAGCUGAUGUGAAAGCCUUGUAGAAGGUUUCGUCUGCUAGGCAUUUAGUGAGCUAAAAACUCUCAACGAUUAAAACAACUGAAUAGAGCUACUUAGACUUGUGAUUUCUUUUGGGUUUGCUUUGUAAUGUACUAACUAUGUUCUGUGCUUAAUCUCUUAGUGUGUGUUCUGUCCGCUUA